AUGCCCAGGGGCCCCCUGCGGGAGUACCUGCUCAGCAACAUCAGGGGUCAGGGCGCCCGCAACCAGGGCGUCCAGGUGCCGACGGAGGCCGCCACCGAGAAGGGGCAGGGCGCCCGCAACCAGGGCACCGAGGAGCCCGCCGAGAAGAAGGCGCCCGCCGAGAAGAAGCAGAAGGCGCCCGUCGUGGAGGCCUCUGCCGCGAAGGAGAAGGUGACCACCACGGACGCCCAGGGCCGCGCCCGCUUCGUGUCGUCCAGCGCCAUGGCCGACGAGGCCCCUGCCAAGGAGAAGGUAACCACCACGGACGCCGAGGGCCGCGCCCGCUUCGUGUCCUCUGGCGCCAAGGCUGACGAGGCCCCUGCCAAGGCGGCAGCCCCUGCCGAGGCGGCAGCCCCUGCCAAGGCGGCAGUGACCACCACGGACGCCCAGGGCCGCGCCCGCUUCGUGUCCUCUGGCGCCAAGGCCGACGAGGCCCCUGCCAAGGCGGCAGCCCCUGCCAAGGCGGCAGUGACCACCACGGACGCCCAGGGCCGCGCCCGCUUCGUGUCGUCCGGCGCCAAGGCCGACGAGGCGGCUCCGUCCAAGCCCGGCGGCGUCUACUGCGACUCCGUGGAAAAGUGCGUGCGGAGGAAGACGAGGACGGUGCACAUCGGCAAGGUGAAGGUGGGCUCCGACCACCCCAUCGCCACGCAAACGAUGACCACCACCCUCACCGAGGACGUUGAGGCCACGGUGGCGCAGAUCAAGAGGUGCGCCGACAUGGGCGUCGACAUCGUCCGCAUCACG